AUGACUAGCGUCGUGCGCUCUCUCUUCUCUUCUUCUUCUCCUUCACUUCGUUCAACCCAAGUUUAUACUACCAGCCUUCGUCGAGGAGCUUCUUCUACUCCAGCCUUUCGCCUCCAUUCGACUUUGCGACCCGUUCCGACUCCGACCCCGCGUCGACUGCCGCUCCGUCGCCCCCAAGUCGUCCCACCACCCCUCCUUAACCUCUUCUCCCACCACCCCACCGCUUCCUUUGCGACAAUGGCGACAGAUACCGCUGCCAACCAGAUCACCGCCCAGUUGGAGAAGCUCUCCAUUGGCAAGCUGGACUCCUUCCCCGGUUGCUACCCCGAAGUCAACCCCGUCGAUGUCUACCGCUCCCACAUCACCUCGCUUCUGCACGAUGUGACUGGCGUCGAGAAGCCCAUCAUCUACAACGCUCUCCAAUGGACUCAGAGCUUGGACAAGGGUGACUUGGUGCUGGCUGUUCCUGCUCUUCGCAUCAAGGGCAAGAAGCCUGCCGAGCUCUCGGCUGAGUGGCUCGAGAAGUUCCCCGAGUCCCCCUUGAUCGAGAAGCCUGUAUCAUUCCAGAACGGCUCUUUCCUUCAGUUCUGGUUCAAGCCUGGCCCUCUUGCCCAGUUCCUCAUCCCCCAGGUUGCCCAGCGCGGCCAGGACUUCGGAAAGAACCACCACAACGGCCUCAAGAACGAUCAAGACCCUUCUCAGGGCAAGAAGAAAAUCAUUGUCGAGUUCUCCUCCCCCAAUAUCGCGAAGCCCUUCCAUGCCGGUCACUUGCGAAGCACCAUCAUUGGUGGCUUCAUUUCCAACCUGUACGACGGCGCUGGCUAUGAUGUUACCCGCAUCAACUACCUCGGUGACUGGGGCAAGCAGUACGGUCUUCUUGCUCUGGGCUUCGCCAGGUUUGGCAGCGAGGAGGCUUUGAGCGCUGACCCUAUCAACCACCUGUACGAGGUCUACGUCAAGAUCAACAAGGAGAUGAGCGAAGAGAAGGAGGCCAUUGCUGCCAAGGAGCAGGCUGGUGAGGAUGUCACUGAGCUCAAGAACAACAGCCUGGACGAGCAGGCCCGCAAGUACUUCAAGGCCAUGACCGCUGGUGACGCGGAUGCUGUUGCUCAGUGGAGGCGAUUCCGUGACCUGAGUAUCGUCCGUUACAAGGAGACGUACGCGCGUCUCAAUAUCCACUUUGACGAGUACUCUGGCGAGAGCCAGGUCGCCGAAGCCGAUAUGGAAGCUGCCGCCAAGAAGCUCGAGGACAUGAAGAUUUCCGAAGAGUCCGAAGGCGCUGUUAUCAUCGACUUCACCAAGCACGUCCCCGGCAAGGCGGGCAAGAGUCUGGAGCGUCCCAUCAUUCGCAAGAAGGACGGCACUGCCCUGUACCUUACCCGAGACAUUAGCGAGCUGCUGCACCGUGAGAAGAAGUACGGCUUCGAUCACAUGAUCUACGUUGUCGCGUCCCAGCAGGAUCUGCACCUGAAGCAGCUUUUCAAGAUCAUUGAGCUGAUGGGCUACCCUGAGACGGCUAAGAAGUGUCAGCACAUCAACUUUGGUCUCGUUCUCGGAAUGAGCACUCGUAAGGGUACAGUCAAGUUCUUGGAUGACAUCCUGCGAGACGUCGCGGACAAGAUGCACGAGGUGAUGAAGAAGAACGAGACCAAGUACUCCCAGGUUGAGAACCCCGAGGCGACUGCCGACAUUCUUGGCAUCAGCAGUGUCAUGGUCCAGGAUAUGAGUGGAAAGAGGAUCAACAACUACAAGUUCGACAUGGACGCCAUGACUUCUUUCGAGGGUGACACCGGACCGUACCUCCAGUACGCUCAUGCUCGACUUUGCUCCAUCUUCCGCAAGGCUGGCCUUUCUGAGGAGGAAAUUGCAACUGCAGACCUCAGCCUGCUGACGGAGAAGCAUGCCGUCGAGCUGAUCCGCAUUCUCAGCCAGUACCCCGAUGUGGUCCAGAACACUCUGAGGACUCUGGAGCCUACUACCGUGCUUACAUAUCUAUUCCGCAUGGCCCACGUCGUCAGCAGCAGCUACGACCACCUGCGUAUCGUCGGAAGCGAGCGUGAGCUCAUGAAGGCUCGCCUGGCUCUGUACACUGCCGCCAGGACUGUGCUCUACAACGGCAUGCGUCUGUUGGGUCUUUCCCCGGUCGAGAGGAUGUAA